CUGAACUCUGGAACAGUGGAGGGAACCAACCUACUUAGGUGCCUACUUCACUACAUAGACAUUGUCCCCACAGACCUACGAGUACACACGCAAGACAACGCCUAUCGCACUUUCCCUCCCUCUCCUCCACAAGCCACCGGCACUUGCACCUGCUGGCGGCCUCACCUCACUGUUGCCCACGCACUCCUCAAUGACCUCCAAGCCUGAACCGCAAUCUAUCUUCACUCCCCAGAAAGAUCUGCCACCCACCAAUCACCAAAUCAAUCCCUUCCAAGUCUGACCCCACCGCGAGACUCCAGUGUAGUGCAGAUCACCACAACUGACUGCACACCUCGCUCCACCUUCUUCCCUACCCUGAACAAUUUUUCAAGCAGUCCAGCUGGGGAGGCUUUUGUCCUGGCAAACCCACCGCACUCAAAUGUCGGUUUGGAAGAGGUCAUACGAAACUCCAAUCCCAAUUUCACCCCAAGACUCGUGCUAAUACCGUCAAACCAUUAGGAUUCACAUUCACAUUCACAUGCUCCAAGCCCUGCGCGAGUAAUUCUCGAAGAACCACAAGAACGCUUUGCAAGAAAUGAAGAGAUCGGCUUGAGAGAAGGACUCGAUGAUGCGCCAAAAGGAUUAACAUCGAGCUUGGGCAAGGGCAAAGGCACACAGCAAUUUCCACACCAAGUCGCAACAAACCCUCCUACACACCCUUCCACGGAAGCGUAUACCUCGAAACAUAGACUCUCCGAAGAGAAUGUACCAAAGUCGAACGCGAUCCUAGAAAGACCCAAGAAAAGACCCCUGACCUCUCGAAGUACCACCGAUUCACAAAUCGCGCAAUUUGGGACUCCACAAUCACCCUUAUUCUUCCCUCACGUCUCGAGGCAGCCGCCGUUGUUACCACCAGUACUCACGACCCCAAUCGCUGCGGAGAUGUUGAAUAGAAGUAAUAAAGAAGAGACGGCGGGUGUGACGACCCUCAAACUGGCCAGGGGGAGUGUCAGUAACGCCAGCACUUCACGAUCGAGUGGCGCCUCGGUUAGUCUCGCGUCGUUUGAGAGAGCCAGCAUGGCUAGGAGUCCGGAACCAAAAGGCAGAUCGCCAGGUAUGCAAAUUCUGGGAAGUGUUGGGAUCACAGAACUGCUGGAGCAAGAUGAGCGACCUACAUUCAUCAUAGAUGUGGCCAAUCCGAACAAUUUCAUUCCGGGUGGAGCAUUGGUAAUCGUCUUCGCAAAUGCCUCUCUUCGUGGACAUGAAGCGAUUUUGGACAUGGUCACAAGUGGCGACAGAUACGAUGGUCCCAAAAUCGUAGACGACUUUGCCGACUUCAAGGGGUGGGUGCUAAGUUUUGUGAAAAACAACGAAGCAAUGGAUGUUUCCUUGCCUUCAUUCACAUAUGGUGGGAUAACUUGGUCGUGUAGUACUUUGAGGAAACGCCUUAGGUUGAUUGGUGGAAGUGGCAGCAUCAUAGCUUCUGGCGUAGGAGGUUCAACAAGCUCCCAUGGCGCACCGCUCAGUUCCCCGAGGUGUAUUGAUGAAAGCCAGCUCGAGCAGUCACCACUACCACUAGUUGAAUCAAUUGAAGAUUCAGAUUAUUUUGGUGAUGCUGUUCCGCCGCCUAGCCAAAACAACACGUUACCUCAUUCUAUCAAGCCAAGCCCAGUGAGCCUUGGAGGUCGCAGCCCACCAAGGCGUGCCAUGAUAGCUGCUCAAAAAGAUGCUCUAACAAGCGACAUGUUAAUGUCUAGAUACCCUGACAAUCCCUCCUUCGAUUGGACCAGGCUGCCUUUAACAGCCGCUCUUCCAAAGCACAUUCAGUUUGCUCGGAGUAUCGAUUGGGCUUCCACACCCCUUGGUCCAAUUGAAAAUUGGGCUUUCGACUUGAGGGCUAUGUGUAAUCUGAUUAUGGGAUCGCCUCACCCAGCGGCAAUGUAUUGGGGCGAUGAGUAUAUCGCAAUAUACAACGAGGCAUAUAUCAUGUUGGCUGGGAAGAAGCAUCCGGAAUUAAUGGUGAGUGCUUCAGUUUUCGUGUUUAUUUACUCUAAGGAUGCUCUAUUGGUGUGAGCUAUUCAAACUCUGGCUGCCUUUUCCUGCCCUUUUGUGCAAUUUUGGAGAGAAACUCAGUUUUCAGCGGCGAUUCUGGAUACCAUUCUUCAAUAUCAAGCCCUCCAUCUCCAUUUAAGGUUCUGAUUUCGUGUAGGGCCAAAGUUAUAAGACUGCUUGGGCAGAAAUAUGGUCGAAUGUUGUAGACGUAUUUGCCAGUGCCAAACAUUCCGGUCAAUCAACGAUGAAGGAUGAUGACUGCUUAUUCGUAAAUAGAAAUGGAUUUCUCGAAGAAUCUUACUUUUCUUGGUCUAUUAUUCCACUCAUUGGAGAAGAUGGAUCGGUCGUUGGUCUUUACAAUCCGGCAUUUGAUAAGACUCGUCGAAAAAUCGCAGAGCGAAGGAUGCUUACGUUACGAGAGGUUGGUGAUAAGACCGCCGCUGCUCGAGACGUCAAGAGUUUCUGGGGUCAGGUCAUCAAAGGUCUUGAAUAUAAUGGUAUGAAACGCUCCCUCUUGUGAUGCAGAAGCCACGUUUUGCAUGUACGUCACUAAUCAUAACUCAGAUUAUGAUGUACCAUUCUGCCUGUUGUAUUCGGUCACGGAUGACUCAGAUAGUGAAGUAACUAGUAUGCAUAGCGGUUCACUCUCACAAUCACCACAGUGUGUACUUGAAGGUACGCUAGGAGUCCCCAAAGGACACAGAUCAUCAGUCAGCCCUCUCGAUCUGAAAGCUAGCGACGACGGGUUUGCCCCUUAUCUUCGCGAGUCCAUGAAAACAGAUAAACCUGUUCUUUUGAAGACUGCUGAUGGCACACUUUCUUUUGAUUUGAUUGAAGGUCUAGAGUGGCGUGGUUUUGGUGAUCCAUGCCGUGCUGUGGUUGUCUGCCCAAUCCAUCCUACAACUGGGGAUUCGAUACUCGGAUUUCUGGUCAUAGGAGUCAAUCCCCGGCGCCCCUUUGACGAUGAUUACAGCCUUUUUAUCCAACUUCUGAGUCGACAAUUAGCAACUUCGAUGGCAUCGGUAGUUUUGUUUGAGGAGGAGAUUAGACGUGGUCAGCGGGCAGCUCAAUUGGCCGCCUUGGAUCGACAAGAACUCUCGAAACAGCUCGACCUGCGCACUCGAGAAAAGGUGGAAAGCGAGACCAAGUUUACUCGAAUGGCAGAAUUUGCUCCUGUGGGAAUGUUUAUUGCCAAUUCGGUCGGGGAGAUCACCUACUCCAAUGAUACUUGGUGGUACGUACAUCUACUUUUAAGGGACACAGUCAUUGUUUUGUGCAUAACCUCCCUGGCACGGAUUGUGUGAACUUUUCUAGGAUACUAGGAAACUUUAUUUGAGACGAUUUGGAACAGUGAGGGACUAGAUUUCUCAUUUCUUCUUAAGACCCUCGAACGGUAACUCCGGUUUCUUAGAAAGGUUCACACAAUACAACCCAAUUUGGGUGAUCGUAGAGCAGUGCCCGAUGUUCCUAUAGCCCAUGUGUCAUUUUCUAAUCUCGCUCUAGGGAAAUCUCUCGUCACCCUCGAUCGGUCAAUAGCGCAGACUCAUGGAUGGAUAGCAUCAAAAAAGAGGACCGCGAAGGGGUCGAGAAGGUUUGGAAAUCUCUGGUCCAUCAAAAAACCGCCGUUACCCAUCAGUUCAGAUUCAAAGCUCCUUGGCAAGAUAGAAACGGUAAUAUGACGGACACUUGGGUCUUGAUGAGUGCCUUUCCAGAAAAGGACGAGAAAGGACAGCUUAAAAGUGUCUUUGGGAGCAUUACUAACAUCUCGUCUCAAAAGUCGGCAGAGGGUCUUCAGAAACAGAGGAUGGAAGAGGCCAUUGAAUUAAAAAGGCAGCAGGAAAAUUUCAUCGAUAUGACUUCGUAAGUCUCAAAAUAAGAUUCUUGAUGUAUUACUGACGUUACUGCAGCCAUGAGAUGAGAAACCCGUUGUCUGCUAUUCUCCAGUGCUCCGAGGAGAUUUCUUCCUCCCUCGUUGCCUUUGCUUCGCAAGGCGAACAAACCAGCUUCUCCGAGAAACUGAAGGAGAUUCUAGAUGGUGGUAUCGAUGCUGCGCAGACUAUUGCUCUCUGUGCUCAGCAUCAAAAGAGAAUUGUCGAUGACAUUCUUACUUUGUCAAAACUCGAUUCAGCACUUCUAAUGGUCACACCCGUCAAAGUGCUUCCCGUUGAAGUCGUCCAACGUGCGCUCAAAAUGUUCGAGGGGGAGCUCGAAACAAAUGAUAUUUCCAUGGAGUUCCGGAUCGAAAAGUCAUAUCUGGAUUUACAGGUGGACAGAGUGAAACUUGACCCAUCACGACUUCUACAAGUCUUGAUUAAUCUUACGACGAAUGCCAUCAAAUUUACGCACACGCAAAAGAAGCGAACGAUCAUUGUCAGUAUCGGGGCUAGUAUAGAGAGACCGACCAGUUCGGAGUCUGGUGUUACAUAUUUUCCAAGUCGCCGCGUCAAAGCUUUCAAAGAUGUCACGGAAGACGCAGAAUGGGGCACUGGAGAGAACAUAUUUCUCCUCUUUGCUGUCGAGGAUACAGGGCGUGGGCUUGAUCCAGAGGAAAAGAGCAUUCUCUUUCAACGUUUUCGGCAAGCAAGCCCUCGAACUCAUGUUCAAUAUGGAGGGAGCGGCUUGGGCUUGUUUAUCUCGAGAGAAUUGACGGAAUUGCAAGGUGGUGAGAUAGGGGUAGCAUCGGAAAGAAACGUUGGCAGCACCUUUGCAUUUUACGUUCGAGCUAGAAAGGUGGAAAGCGAUUCUUCACGCUCCGUUUAUGACAAUUAUGCCAGCCUCCGAAGAAAAUCUUCCAGCUCGACUGUUGUUGUCGAAAACAAAAGAGGAUCUUCCAGGAGUGCCUCUAGAGCCAGUACACCAAAAGCUGGCACUCCAGCGUCAGCCCCCACGACCCUUUUCAACUUCGAAGCCAUCAAAGUUCUCAUUGUCGAAGAUAAUCUCGUCAACCAACGGGUCCUUCAGAAGCAGCUCAAAAACAUUGGUUUUCAUACUUUGGUAGCGAAUCAUGGAGGUGAAGCGCUGGAUGUUAUCCGAAAGUCUUCUUUCUGGAGGGGUCGAGAGAAGGAUGGUGUAGAAUUGACACUGGUUCUCAUGGAUCUGGAGAUGCCGGUUAUGGAUGGGUUGACUGCCACUAGGAAGAUUCGGGAGUUUGAAAAGGAUGGGACGAUUGUAAGGCAUUUACCUAUUAUUGCUGUUACGGCAAAUGCUAGACUGGAGCAGAUUGAUGAUGCGAUGAGAGCUGGGAUGGUGAGUCGUUCUAUUUCCUUUUCCCCUUUUGAGGGUGGAGUCUUGUGGCUAAUGAUGUUCUGUACAGAAUGACGUUGUGUCAAAACCUUUCCGUAUUGCGGAGUUGAUUCCUAAGAUACAAGAAUUGGUUGCGAAGAGUGCAGCUGAUGCAAUUGUGACGGCGGUGGCGAAGGCAGAGGAAGGUGAAGUAGCACCUAAAUAAGGGUGUCCCAUUUGCCAUGGAUACAGCACAUACCCAUUAUUCUCUCUCUCUCUCUCUCUCUUUCAUUUUUCCUAGAUUGCUUCUUUUUCUUUCUUUGAAGAACCUGUACAAGUACUUUUGGCAUUCACGACCGAGCUUUAGAAGGAUAUACAGGCCUUUCUUUUUUGCUUUUUCUCACGAUCUUUCUUUUGCUUGCUUGGUGGAAUUUGUGGCGUUUGGUGGAUCAUUGAUCUGCAUUUUCGUGGUGUGAAGUGGGGGCUUUGGCUGUGAUUUGAGAGAUGAUACCAUUUGCUCUCAUGUAGAGGUUGGGUGCGUUUGUGGGGGUUUUUGUAGAUAGAUACACUUGGGGGGAAGUGGCGUUGAGAUAAUGAAUGAGUGAGUGAGUGGCUUUGAGGUCUACAUUACUUUUGAUUGAGGGAAUGAAGGUAGAUGGUUCUGGGUGAUGAUCGCCAAGGUGUU